UGCAGAAACACAUGCUGUUUAGAUCAGAGCUCAAACUGGUUUCACUUCUGAGAAAGUGAAACUCAGACAGUCGUUGACACUGAGAGGAGAAAUGGCGCAGAAAGGAGUUCAGCUGGACCAGGAAACCUUCUCCUGUUCGAUCUGUCUGGAUCUACUGAAGGAUCCGGUGACUAUUCCCUGUGGACACAGCUACUGCAUGAACUGUAUUAAAGGCUUCUGGGAUGAAGAGGAUGAGGAGAAAAUCCCCAGCUGCCCUCAGUGUAGGCAGACCUUCACUCCGAGGCCUGUCCUGGUGAAAAACACCAUGUUAGCAGCUUUAGUGGAGGAGCUGAAGAAGACUGGACUCCAAGCUGCUCCUGCUGAUCACUGCUAUGCUGGACCUGAAGAUGUGGCCUGUGAUGUCUGCACUGGGAGGAAACUGAAAGCCCUCAAGUCCUGUCUGGUCUGUCUGGCCUCUUACUGUGAGAAACACCUCCAGCCUCAUUAUGACUCACCUGCCUUUAAAAAACACAAGCUGGCGGACCCCUCCAAGAAACUCCAGGAGAACAUCUGCUCUAGUCACGACGAGGUGAUGAAGAUGUUCUGCCGUACUGAUCAGCAGUGUAUCUGUUAUCUCUGCUCUGUGGAUGAACACAAAGGCCACGACACAGUGUCAGCUGCAGCAGAAAGGACUGAGAGGCAGAGAGAGCUGGAGGUGAGUCGACAAAACAUCCAGCAGAGAAUCCAGGACAGACAGAAAGAUGUGAAGGUGCUUCAACAGGAGGUGGAGGCUAUCAAUGGCUCUGCUGAUAAAGCGGUGGAGGACAGCCAGAAGAUCUUCACCGAGCUGAUCCGUCUCAUGGAGGAAAGAAGGUCUGAUGUGGAGCGGCAGCUCAGAUCCCAGCAGGAAACUGAAGUGAGGCGAGUCAAAGAGCUCGAGGAGAAGCUGGAGCAGGAGAUCACUGAGCUGAAGAGGAAAGAUGCUGAGCUGAAGCAGCUCUCACACACAGAGGAUCACAGCCAGUUUCUACACAACUACCCCUCACUGUCACCACUCAGUGGAUCUACAGACUCAUCCGCCAUCAAGAUCCGUCCUCUCAGCUACUUUGAGGAUGUGACAGCUGCUGUGUCAGCAGUCAGAGAUAAACUACAGGACGUUCUGACAGAGGAAUGGACAAACAUCUCACUGACAGUGGCUGAAGUGGAUGUUUUACUGUCAGCUUCACCACCAGGACCCAAGACCAGAGCUGGAUUCUUCAGAUAUUCACGUGAAAUCACACUGGAUCCAAACACAGCAAACACAUAUCUGUUAUUAUCUGAGGGGAACAGAAAAGCAACAGCAAUGAGUGAACAACAGUCUUAUUCUGAUCAUCCAGACAGAUUCACUGGUUGGUUUCAGGUCCUGAGUAGAGAGAGUCUGACUGGACGGUGUUACUGGGAGGUGGAGCUGAGAGGGAGAGGAGUUUGUGUAGCAGUCGCAUACAAGAACAUCAGCAGAGCAGGGUGGAGGAAUGAAUGUGGAUUUGGACUAAAUGACAAAUCUUGGGCGUUAUAUUGGAACAACAACAGUUAUAACUUUUGGUACAACAAUGUGGAAACUCCCGUCUCAGGUCCUCGGUCCUCCAGAGUCGGAGUGUACCUGGAUCACAGUGCAGGUAUUCUGUCCUUCUACAGCAUCUCUGAAACCAUGACUCUCCUCCACAGAGUCCAGACCACGUUCACUCAGCCUCUCUAUGCUGGACUUUGGUUUUGUUACACUGAUGGAGACUCUGCUGAGUUGUGUAAACUCCAACAGUCAGAAGUCAUUUCAGGGACAGUGGGUUAAAUUGUGUGUUUGAAUCGUGAAACUUGUCUUCAUGUUUGUUGCUGAGAGCUGAUUGUUGUGGCAUUUGUUCACUGCGCAGAGAUCAGCUGUCAAUCAAACACUGUGGGUGGGACUUUGACGUCUUCUCAUGUGUUGUUCUGUAAAUGUUUGAGUGUGUUUAGGUGGAGCUCCUUCCUGUGUCUGUUCAGCCAUGGAGGCUCUCGCUGCUCAGGAUGAUCGCUGUUUACCUGAACUGACUUUUCUCUGCAUGAAAACAGAAACUUCUCUGAGCUCUACAUGUCUGUUGAAUGUUUCUGUUGAUUUAUUUGCAUGUUGUUGCUUCUCCUUAGAGAGAAAGCAGCAGAACGUCCUUUAUCGUACAUGUUCUGUUCUCAGAAAUCUGUGAUGACAUUUACAUUUAUUAUUCUGGCAAGCUGACGUAGAAAUGAGGCAGAGAGCUUCAAUGAAAGUGUGAUUAUCUUGAUCGUAAUCAAUAAUGAGAUGGUUGAUUAUUUUCUUUUCCAGAGCUGAGAUUCCAACAAACUGAUUGUGUGAAAGAUUGAAUCUGUGCAUGAAAUCACUGAACUGACUGUACUGAUGGCAGGUGUGAACAAACUGAAGGUUUCCAUCAGGAAUAAACAAAGAGGAACAAAGUGUUUUCUUCUUGUCUUCAUUCCUGGAUAUCACACAAAGCUGACGGAGAACAUGUGAAACUAAUAUGAGAGAGUAACUGAGAGCGUUUUCCUGCUGAAACACCUCAAAGUUCAGUGUUCAUGUUUGGAGCGUCUGUCAGUCAGUCUCUGAGCAGCUUUGUCAAAUAUUAAGAAUUCAUUUGGUGAAGUUUGGGUGUGAAGAAGUUUUGUUGAGGUCUGACACACACGAGACCACAGAUGUUGUGUCUCUUUUCUGAUGCCGUUUGAAGCUGCCAAAGGCUCGGCGAAGUCUCAACAAGUCCUGAAGUCGACGUCACAGCAGGUUAACGACUGAAAUGAGUGAAACUGAUGCACGACACAAGAGGGCGCCUCCAUCCUGCUGAGCAGGGAUGUCGUGGAGGUCAAAGCACCUCAGCUCACUUGGUCUGCAGGCUUUCCACCGUGUCUAUAAACUGAUUAGAAACUUUCUGUGUCAGACGUCAUCGUCACUGGUGUCAAACUUGUAGAAGUCACAAUGAACGAUCCUUUUCAGGAAAACAAAGCAGAAGUUCUUCAUUUUCCUGCUUGUAGUUUGGUUGAUUCAUCAGCCAGUGCUGUUGACUUUAUGCUCUCCUCCAGUUGAAUAAA